ACUUUGGCAUUCCGUGCGUGAAAAGCGGCGAACACACUGUUUUUUUUUAGUCUCAAAAUUCUAACAAAAUUAUUGGUAAACUGGCAAUAUGCUCGUUUCGCCCCGCCCCCGAUACGUGCACCGACAUUAAAGCGCUAGAAAUCAAGCUAAUGGAGCAAUAUCGACACCGCUCAAAACGCAUUCACAGCCGCCGCUGCCAUUGAACCGAAAUACCCAGCCCAAAAAAAAGAGAAAGAAAAAGAAAAGAAACGCGUGCGAGAGCGAGAGGGCUAGAGAGACCAGGGGGAGAAAAGCAGAAUUGAGUGAUUUUUGUAAAGGGUUUUCCCUUAGUUAUUUCGUUUUUCCUGUGCUUUCCACUCCUCCCCCCCUCUCCCCAUCGCGUUGAUACCGUCGCAUUUGGCUUGAUCGUGUUUUUCGUCGAGUUUUCCGUGGAUUUCCGCAGUCGGCGCAGCAAAAAUGGACGCGGACAGGGGCGGCGGGCAGGAGACGAAGGUGAUAUACCACAUCGACGAUGAGACGACGCCGUAUCUGGUGAAGAUCCCCAUUCCAUCCGCCCAGGUGACGCUGCGCGAUUUCAAGCUGGUGCUGAACAAGCAGAACAACAACUACAAGUACUUCUUCAAGUCAAUGGACGCCGAUUUUGGUGUGGUCAAGGAGGAGAUAGCCGACGACUCUACCAUACUGCCCUGCUUCAAUGGGCGUGUGGUGUCCUGGCUGGUCUCCGCCGAUGGGACCAAUCAGUCCGACAACUGCUCCGAGCUGCCGACCAGUGAGUGCGAACUGGGCAUGGGUUUGACCAACAGGAAGCUUCAGCAGCAGCAGCAGCAGCAGCAACAACAACAGCAGCAACAGCAUCAGCAGCAGGUCCAACAGCAACAGCAGCAAGUGCAGCCUGUCCAGCUGGCGCAGCAGCAACAGCAGCAGGUGCUCCACCACCAGAAGAUGAUGGGCAAUCCAUUGCUGCAGCCGCCACCGCUCACAUAUCAGUCGGCAUCCGUGCUCUCCAGCGAUCUGGACUCGACCAGUCUCUUUGGCACCGAAUCGGAGUUGACGUUGGACCGCGACAUGACCGACUACAGCAGCGUACAGCGAUUGCAGGUGCGCAAGAAGCCGCAGAGGCGUAAAAAACGGGCGCCCAGCAUGUCUCGCACCUCCUCGUACAGCUCCAUAACCGACUCGACCAUGUCCCUAAAUAUCAUCACCGUCUCCAUCAACAUGGAGGCCGUCAACUUUCUGGGCAUAUCCAUUGUCGGCCAAUCGAAUCGCGGCGGCGACGGCGGCAUCUACGUGGGCAGCAUCAUGAAGGGCGGCGCUGUGGCACUCGAUGGACGCAUCGAGCCGGGCGACAUGAUCCUGCAGGUGAACGAUGUCAACUUCGAGAACAUGACCAACGACGAGGCGGUUAGGGUGCUAAGAGAAGUGGUCCAAAAGCCGGGGCCCAUCAAGCUGGUGGUGGCCAAGUGCUGGGAUCCCAAUCCCAAGGGCUACUUCACCAUUCCGCGCACGGAGCCGGUGCGACCCAUCGAUCCCGGUGCCUGGGUGGCGCACACCCAGGCCCUCACAUCGCACGACAGUAUUAUUGCCGACAUUGCGGAGCCGAUCAAGGAGCGACUGGACCAGAACAACCUCGAGGAGAUCGUUAAGGCGAUGACGAAGCCGGACAGCGGCCUGGAGAUCAGGGAUCGCAUGUGGCUAAAGAUUACGAUCCCCAACGCGUUCAUCGGUGCCGAUGCGGUCAAUUGGGUGCUGGAGAAUGUGGAGGAUGUGCAGGACAGGCGGGAGGCGCGAAGGAUCGUCUCGGCGAUGCUGCGCAGCAAUUACAUCAAGCAUACGGUCAACAAGCUGACCUUCUCGGAGCAGUGCUACUACGUGGUGAACGAGGAGCGCAAUCCCAAUCUGAUCGGCCGAGGACAUCUGCAUCCGCACCAGCUGCCGCACGGACAUGGCGGCCAUGCCCUCAGCCAUGCGGACACCGAGAGCAUCACCAGCGAUAUCGGGCCGCUCCCGAACCCGCCCAUAUACAUGCCAUACUCGGCCACGUACAAUCCAAGUCACGGCUAUCAGCCGAUUCAGUACGGCAUCGCCGAGCGACACAUCUCGUCGGGAUCGAGUAGCAGCGAUGUGCUCACCAGCAAGGAUAUCUCGGCGUCGCAGAGCGACAUCACCUCGGUGAUCCAUCAGGCCAACCAGCUGACCAUCGCCGCCCACGGCUCCAACAAAUCCUCCGGCUCCUCCAAUCGCGGUGGAGGCGGCGGCGGCGGUGGCGGCAACAAUACCAACGAUCAGGACGUAUCCGUAUUUAAUUACGUAUUGUAGAAACCUUUCUUUUUGCAAUCAAAUUGUGUUUUUAAUUAAUUAAAUUAAAUAUGUACGAUUAUUCUUUUUUAUAUACGAGUAUACAAAGCAAGCAAACAGCAAACAACAAUAUAAUAAUUAUAAUUAUAAUAAUAAUAAUAAUAAUACUUAUGUAUAUGUAUGGUACGUGUAAGUCAUAGAAAAGAACGCUAAACACCCAGCCGCAACGAGUUAAGGAUCAGCGGGCUCGUGAGGAGCGAGGAGCACCACAGGGAUAUCCGUGUCCGGCAGCAAUCGGUUGUGGACCCGAUCAGAUCAGAUCAACUGAGAUAUAUGAUAUAUAUAUAUGUGUGCAGGAACGGACGGAACGGAGCAGCAGAGACGGCAGCACGACGGACGAGGAUGAUUUUGAAUAAAGUUCUAAGAAUUUAGUAAUCACAAAGUAAAUAAAUACAAAUAAAA